CCCCGAUUUCGCAAACCUCUCCCUCAUUUCAAAAUGGGCUCCUCCUCCAAGAAAGACCGCGCGGAAUCCGUCCUCAGCGCCCCCGCCCCCUCCAUCAAGAGCGAGAAGCGGGAGAAGAGAUCGUCCAAGAAGUCGUCUUCCUCCAGACUGGAGGAUGUAGCCGAGUCGGUUUAUGAAGACGAACAACACAAGAAGCGUAAAAAGGAGAAGAAGGAGAAGAAGCGCAAGGCUGCUGCUGCGGAGGCGGAGGGCGAGGAUGUAACUGCUACCGAAGAGGUGACUGACAACCUUCUCACCGCGGAGGACGAGAGGCCCAAGAAGAAGAAGAACAAGAGGGAUGAUGAUGAUGAGGUGAAGAGGGCCAAGAAGAGGAAGGAGGAGGAGGAGGAGGAGGAGGAGGAGGAGGAGGAGGAGGGGUCGGAUGGGGGGGAGACGAUCAAGAGCAAGGAGUCGAGGCGGAAGAGGAGGGAGAGGGAGGAGGAGGAGGAGAAGGAGAGACGGAGGAGGAAACCCCCCGCCACUACCGAAACCGCCCCUGCAGCCGACAACUGGCGCGUUGAUGCCCUCUCUGGCGGAGAAUCCCGCCAGUCCAAGUUCAUGCGUCUGCUUGGCGGGGGCAAAAAGCCCACCACCACCACCACCACCACUCCCGGGUCUGCCCGUCCCCGACUGGACAUCAACCACGUCUCGGCAGAACUCGAACAGCAAUUCAGCGCCGGCAUCCGCCAGAAAUUCGAGACUGGGGGGCAAAAGCCGUUUGAAGUGCGUGCGAAGUGGGAGUGGACUGUGACGACUCACCAGCAGUUGUACUACUGGGUGAGGGUGAGGGAUUUGGGCUUGUACUUUUGGGACAACAAGAUGAUGACGGGGAGGGUGGUGUUGUGGGGGGUGGUUGGGUGGGCCAACUGGGCGAGGUUUGGGCUGGAGAUCAACAAGAACAAGAAGAACGAGUACAGGAACCGGAAGGAACAGAGGCAUUUCCAGAGGGGGUAUGAAGGGCAGAGGGGGUUUUGGGGUGGGAGAAAAGUGGAAGAGGUGGUGGAGGAUAAGGAGCAUGAUUACCGGAAGGCGUUGAGGGAGAGUAGGGUGUAUGCGGGCAGGAGGGAGUUUGAGGGGAGGAGGGAACACAAGGUUAGGGAUUAUGAGAGCCGGAGAGAUUAUGGGAGUCGGAGGGAGCACAGAGAGAGGAGGGAGUAUGAUGACCGCAGGGAGUGA